AUGGAUCUGAUGAAUUGCGUGUUUAAGCCUUAUCUUGAUCAAUUUGUAGUGGUCUUUAUAGAUGAUAUUUUAAUAUAUUCCAAGAAUAGUGAAGAUCAUGAAAAGCAUCUUCGAAUUGUUUUGCAAAUUUUGCAAGAGAAAAAGCUUUAUGCUGAGCUUUCCAAAUCUGAAGGUGUGAAGGUGGAUCCUAGUAAGAUUCAAGCUAUUGUUGAAUGGAAACCACCUAAAAGUCCAACUAAAGUAAGAAGUUUCUUGGGUUUAGCAGGAUACUAUAGAAGAGCUAUGAAUGCUUGUCUUGCAUUUAAUUCUAAUGGCUCUAUUGCUGCUAGUUUGCAAGUCAAGCCAGUUCUACGUGAACAUGUGAAAGAAGCACAAAAGUUAGAUGAGAAGCUUGUGAAAUUGAUCAAAGAAGUUCAAACUGGAGAAAAGCUUGAUUUUAAAUUAAGGGAGGAUGGUGUUCUACUUUAUCAAAAUAGAAUGGACUACCCACUUGAACGUUUAGCAGAAUUGUACGUUAAUGAGAUUGUGAGGAUACACGGUGUUCCUGUUCUAUUGUAUCUGACCAAGACCCAAGGUUUACAUCCAGAUUCUGGACUAGCUUGCAAGAAGCUUUGGGCACUAGGUUGA